AUGAAUCAGCGACUAUCAUUGCCACUUUUGAGAAUGAGGAAGCCGUUGGCUGAGUCAGCCCUAGUCUAUAACGCUUCAUUAGUGCUCGUUAGGGAUUAUGCCUUACUCUCUAGCGGUUCCGAUGAUGUUUACCUGCUUGAAACUGGCGAUCGAUUUUCAGAAGCCCUGUCCCUUUGGAAAAUGGUUUUCGAGCAUCAAGCUGAUUUGGCUUCACAAUCAGGGUACUUGGUCGAUGCCAAUCAGACACAAACUGCUGAUGGAUCAGUUCAAAUAGACUACAUCCUCCUUUCUGUCUAUAGUGCAGGAGAGGAAAAACCUAAGGUUCAUAUCGAUUGGUUCACAAUCUCUCAAAAUUCGAAUAAGUGGUGCAUGUCACGCCAUCGGCGUCUGUGCUGUUCAACUUUUCCGGAUUACAUCGCCCUCGAAGGCAACGCCUGUUCCCUGUCAGUUCGUUCAGCACAGCCACCCACGCCUCUUCUUGAUACGGCUAAUCCAGACAUCCGACCUUCGCCGAAAAACCAUUCACCUAGUGAAGCCAUCGACGUUGAGGAAAACCUCUCUGAUGCUCGUUUCACGUGGACACAAUCACUCCCGUCCAUGCCAGAGGGUGAUAGCACCCUUCUGAAUGUUCUCAUAAAGCUCAACGACAAGUAUCAUAUUUCUGACCCCAAAACCGCUGUAAAUGUUGUCUGUAAAUCCUGUGGAAGUGGUGCUGAUCGUGGUGAAAAUCUAAUUUUCCAUCGACUGGAGGUCGGAUUGCAUACAGAGGAGGGUGACUUUCGGCUGUGUGAUGCGCGUCUUUUUGCUCCUGUACGAGAUAGUGGCACUAUGUGGACCUAUGACCGUGAGACUAAUAGUAUUGACGUUACAAUCGUGAAGGAGGAGGCGGGUACCUGGCCGCGUCUCUUUGCUGACCCUGACGAGGAGAGACGUUUGGGUGUUCGAUAUGACGAGGGAUCUUUGCCCGCAACAACCACUGACGCUCCUGGUGAAAUGAUGCAGAGCUGCUUCAAUGUGGAACAGCUUGAGGACGUGGAUAUGGUUCAUGAGGAAGAUGAGGAUGACGGUGUUAUGCAGCGCAUUGAUGGCGAAACACUAAAAGUUGUCCUAAGGGGUGAAAUGGUAGGUCAUCAGAUGCUCUACAUAGCCCCAACUUGUGUCGGUAGCAAUGGACUCAGUUCACCCUCACGCCUUCUCUGCACGCGCUACGACGUGGAUGGCCUUUUAUGGGCACCGCAGCCACAUGACACUACACAUCCCUGGGCACACGUGGCCACUCUACAGGCCUUUGGUUACGUCCUCGCCAGCAAGCAGAACCGCCGUUUCAUUGCCUCACCUCCUCUCAACCUCGCCGAUGCUCCUAUCUCUGUCGCUUUCGUUGCUGUAGCUGACAUCACCCGUCACGUCUACGUCUACUGGCAACCAUCUAAGAACUCCCUUACUGAGUUGCGCCACCGAAAUUCUGGUGAUUUGAGGCCGGGCUCCGGUGUUGUUCACGUGGCCUGGCAACAGGUCAUUGCACUGCCCGAUGCCGAGAAGAUUAUCGGCUUCGCGGCUGUGGCAGGUGGACCCUACGCUGCGUGUGUGGUUGCAACCCCCCAUGCCCUCUACUUGAUUUGUCUGGACGAAGGAGAGGAAUAG